AUGGCCAUGGAGGGAAAAGGCCGGGAACAGGAGAACACGGACGAAGCCCGCAUUAGACCCGUUUCUUCUUUACUCUCCCACUUUGAAAAGCUAUCUAGUAACCAGCCUAAACCCUCCAAUGCCUUCGGUACAAGUCCACGAGACUCAUCCAGCCGUUUUCUACGAACCCCCGAACCUGGCGACGAGCCCCGGUCUAGCCGCGCCUCCUUGGAUCUGCCGCGCCCAAUCUCCCCUUGGAAUACAGUGGAUGAAGAUUCUCACCGACUUGAAUAUGAGCGAACCAAUGGCGAUCAGCAGCGGGCGCGUGGCUCACCUCGGAGUCGAUAUGGCCGGCCCAUCUCGAUGAGUAUCCAUCACUCGUCGCCGCAGCUUCCGCCGACCUUGACCGUCCAAUCUCCCAAGUCUCCGCCGCGAAAGAUCGAACCAGUGCGACGCUCUCCACCGCAGGAAGAUCAUCGCCUAUCUCGAAGCUCGAUCUUUGUCCCACGAGAGUCGGUGUCCGCGGGCGUUUCACCCACACCGAGGGCCCGUCCUGUGACGCCGCAGCGCGGCUCAUCCGGCGAAGCCUUGGGGCUGGGUCGGUUGUCACCGGGUAUACCUACAGCGAACGGCCGCAAUAGUCCGACUGAGCAUCGAAAGUCAAAAAGUACAUCGUUACCUCCGCCUGCAAAUCGAGCCGAGAAGCCGAAGAUCCCCGCCAAGCCAGCGGUGCUUUCACACCCGGAUCAUGCCAGUCUCGCCCCUAAACAAGACAAUGACUCCAACAGUCACAUAUCGCCCUUCAGCACGCCUCCCAGCAGUCCUGAGAAGCCCCCUGCCAAGCCGGUAUCUGCAGGAAAGCCACCUCCUAGACCACCCGGACGCCCCAUCAUAGACCCUCCAAUCCGGCGUUCCUUCGAUGAGCGGCCACCGGCGCCAGCAGUUCCUACAUCAAAGACCAAUGCUAGAGAUUUUGGUUAUGCGUGGCCUCGACCAGUGGUUGAGCCACCCAGACCGACGAGACCCCUUCACGUGCAAAUUCCGACUUUUUCUGGCGUGCCUUAUGAUUCUUCAAUUCCGCACUCGGCGCAUCAAAGCCGCCCGGUUGAUAUUCCACUAGCUCGACCGGGUCUCCCACCCCGAUCGGCGUCCAUGAUCAAACGGCAUAGAUGGCCCUCUCCUGGCAGGGAUUCUUCACAGCCGAUGAAUACUCAAGGUCAAAUGACGCCUGUUGCUAGACAGGAGCCUCCCGCACCACCGAUCAAUAAAGAAACUAAGCCUCCUCGUCCGCCCGCUCGUCAGCAAUCAUUAUCGCGAGAUUCAUGCUUACCUCCUCAGCCAGAAAGACGGAUAGUUCGAACAGACACAGAGGAAGAGGAGCUUGUAGCCGAGGAAGGACCAGUAUCUCGCACGGAUUACCCAGAUGCCUCACAGGCAAAUAGACGACCUCCACUCUUCAAGACGGGACCGAGAGAGAUAUCCACGAGAUAUGAUACUCGUCUCUUUGCUGUUUGUGGAAAAUACGUCUGUACAGCUGGCUAUCUAACUCGAGUAUGGGAUCUUACCACUGGCGAACAAGUCAUGAGUCUUAGCCAUGGCGAGACAGUGAAGAGUUUGUCCCUCGCCUUCAAGCCCGGUACGGGUCUUGAUGACGAAGGACAAAAACUCUGGCUCGGCACUAGCGCAGGAGAGCUUCUCGAGGUUGAUAUUUCAUCCGGUGGUGUUGUAGCUUCUCGCUCAUAUCCCUCUCGCCGUGAAGUGAUUCAGAUCCUCCGCCACAAAAAGGAGAUGUGGACGCUGGACGAUGAGGGACGAUUGCUUGUGUGGCCUCCGGAUGAAACCGGAUCGCCUAAUUUGCAAUAUAGCUAUCACAGUCCCCCGGAGCGGGUUGCUCGCGGCCACACUUUCUCGAUGGUUGUUGACGAUACGCUGUGGCUGGCGUCUGGGAAAGACGUCUAUAUCUACCGCCCUAGCGCGCGUGAGGACUCCGCUUUCAAGGUCUUGAAGAAGCCACUCGGCCAGCAACACUCCGGAGAGGUAACGUCCGGGACGUAUACCACGCAGGAGGGAGGACGGGUGUACCUGGGCCACGCAGAUGGCAAGGUCACUAUAUAUUCUUCCACUGAUUACUCGUGUUUGGCGGUCGUCAACGUCAGCGUCUACAAGAUCAAUUGCCUCGGAAUUGUGGGAGAUUACCUUUGGGCUGCCUACAAAACGGGUAUGAUUUACGUGUACGACGUGAAGACCAACCCGUGGACAGUGAAGAAGGAUUGGCGAGCCCAUGACAGUCCUGUUUGCGGGUUUGUACUGGACACGAGCAGCGUGUGGACGAUGAAUCGGCUUCAAGUUACAUCUCUCGGAACUGAUAAUUGCAUUCGCUUGUGGGAUGGAAUGUUGGAGGACGACUGGCUAGAAAACCGCAUGCAAAAGCGGGAUGUCGAAUUUUGUAACUUCCGUGAAAUUCGAGCUGUCAUCGUGACCUGGAACGCAGGUGCCUCAACCCCGGGCAGUGUUCGCACAUCGGACUUCAUUCGAGAUGCGGUUCAUCCGGAGGACCCCCCUGAUAUCAUUGUGUUUGGAUUCCAAGAGCUGGUCGAUUUGGAAAACAAAAAAAUCACAGCUAAGAGUCUGUUGCUUGGGAGCAAGAAGAAGGAUCAUGGCGAGAAGGAACACAUGAGUCGACAGUAUCGCGUCUGGAUUGACCAUCUUACUCGAUCGCUCCACGAGUGUAUGCCGCUCGAAGAGUCAUAUGUUCUUCUUCACACCUCCCAUAUGGUCGGUCUAUUCACAUGCGUCUUUGUAAAGCACAAGGAACGCCACAAUAUUCGCAACGUCAGCGCUUCGGAAGUGAAGCGUGGUAUGGGUGGAUUGCACGGCAACAAGGGUGCUCUGAUAUUGCGGUUCGUCCUCGACGAUAGUUCAUUGUGUUUUGUCAAUUGUCAUCUUGCAGCUGGCCAAACCCAGACUGCUCAUCGUAACAAUGACAUUGCUGCAAUUCUCGAAGCCGAGACACUGCCCCCGGAGAGUAGUCUUGCCACACGCACCGAUCAUUUUUCCAGUGGUGGAGAUGGGUCCAUGAUCAUGGAUCACGAGAUCUGUAUACUCAACGGAGACUUCAACUACCGCAUUGAUGCUAUUCCGCGCAAUGUCAUUAUUGAGGCUGUGCGCCAAAAUAAUCUCACCAAGCUCCUUGAACGUGACCAACUUUUGGCAUCCAGACGCAAGAAUCCGGGCUUCCGUCUCCGCAGCUUCGUUGAAGCACCCAUUACCUUUGCGCCAACUUAUAAAUACGACGUGGGCUCCGAUCAGUACGACACCAGCGAGAAGAAGCGCUCUCCUGCUUGGUGUGACCGUGUGCUCUAUCGUGGACUGGGUCGAGUCAAGCAACUUGAGUACCGUCGGCAUGAGGUUCGCGCCUCUGACCAUCGUCCGGUCAGCGCUACGUUUAAAAUUCGCGUCAAGACGGUCUUACCGCAGCAGCGUACGGUGGCAUGGGAAGCGUGCCAGCAGGACUUUCAGAAUGAGAAGCGUCGGUUGGCUUCUGAGGCCAGCAUUGAAUACCUCAUUACCGUCCUCGGCACUGAGCCCCGUCAGGCACGCAGCUUGAUUCUCGGCAAAAAAUCCAGCUGA